CAGAGAGACAUCUUCAAAACGCAGCGUUUAGUUGACGAGAGCCAAUUUGCUUUUGUUGUUGUUCUUCAUCGCUUUAGAGUUGUCCUCUCAGUGGAGAAGAAGACUCGAGUCAUCUGCAGAAGAAAUUCGCGAUCGGAUAGGAUCAUAUAAGAUUUAGGGAUUUGGAAAAAAUCUUGAGCUAUGGAGGCGAAUGCGGCGGUGGACGGAACGGGGAAUCCGAUCCCUACGUCGGCGGUUUUAACAGCUUCGGCGAAGCAUAUAGGAAUCAGGUGUAUGCCGGAAAACAUGGCGUUCCUGAAAUGCAAGAAGAAUGAUCCUAAUCCAGAGAAAUGCCUCGAGAAAGGACGUGACGUCACUCGCUGUGUUCUUGGCCUGCUCAAGGAUCUUCACCAGAGAUGCCCCAAGGAGAUGGAUGCUUACGUUGGAUGCAUGUAUUACUACACCAACGAGUUUGAUUUGUGUCGGAAAGAGCAAGAAGUCUUCGAGAAAGCGUGCCCGUUGAAAUGAGACUUUAAGUUUAUCUGCUCCUAAUAAGCAAAUGUUCAUUCUGAGUCUUGAGCUUUACCCUAAUCACUGCUUAUUUUCCUUUCCUGGUAAUGGAAGACCAUUAAAUCAUGUCAUAUUGUCAUGUUUCUUAAUUAUCUUAAAACAUGACCAAGUUAAGUUGGCUAAGAGAUAUCCUUAGUUA